AGGGCAGUAAUCUGGUUUCAGCACCAUGGAUAGUGACACUCGCGGCCAAACAGCGCGCGAUCAUUCAUUCGAGAUAUACAUUUGGAUUUGUUUGAGAAGUUAUUUUUUAAUUGCUAAACACUGCUAAAACAACGUAUUUUCUAAUCUCGAUUGUGUAAAAUGUAGGCAUGGGAAGUUUUUGUACUUUUUUUCUUGAAUUUCUACUCCUUGCUCACGUUGGGUUGAAUUGGGCUAAAAUAAUCACAAAAAGGAGGACCAACAUAGGAGGUGGACCAGCAUAGGGGGUGGACCAGCGAGUUGAUAAAGGGAAGCAAUGUUUAAUGGUAUGUGAGUGAGAGGUUAAGGGCGGAGAGAGAAGGUGAUAGUGAAUAGGGCUGCGCGCUCAAGCGGGAGUGCGCGCGGACAGCAAAUCGGUCGGAGACUGGAGUCGCAAGGAUGGAGAUACGACCAGAUAGGUUUAAAAUCGUCGCGGGCCAGACCCUCGGAAAAUUACACAAAAUCCUAGAGAAGCGGCAGGAAAAUGGCGAGACCAUCGAGCUCACCGAUGAGGGCCAGGCAGUUAUCGUGGAGGAGAAGGAGAUGCCCGUGGUGGACUGCACCUGCUUCGGCCUGCCACGGCGCUAUAUCAUCGCCAUCCUUUCCGGCCUGGGCUUCUGCAUCUCUUUUGGCAUCCGAUGCAACUUGGGCGUGGCCAUCGUCAGCAUGGUCAACAACCAAACCAUCUACAAGGGCGACAAACCAAUCCUUGUGAAAGCUCAGUUCAACUGGGAACCAGAAACGGUUGGAAUGAUCCAUGGGUCAUUUUUCUGGGGAUACAUAGUAACCCAAAUACCCGGGGGAUUCAUCUGUCAAAAAUUUGCAGCCAACAGAGUCUUUGGCUUUGCCAUAGUGGCCACCUCAUGCCUGAAUAUGUUGAUCCCUUCGGCAGCACGAACUCACAUUGCCUGUGUUAUCCUUGUCAGGAUAUGUCAAGGACUCGUGGAGGGUGUUUCAUACCCAGCGUGCCACGGUAUCUGGGCAAAAUGGGCCCCACCUCUUGAAAGAAGUCGAUUGGCCACGACAGCCUUUUGUGGGUCCUAUGCAGGAGCCGUGAUAGCCAUGCCACUGGCUGGAGUACUAGUCCAGUAUUCAGGGUGGUCAUCUGUUUUCUAUGUCUAUGGCAGCUUUGGGAUCUUCUGGUAUCUCUUUUGGAUCCUGGUGUCGUACGAGAGCCCGGCAGCCCACCCCACCAUCACAGAACAGGAGCGGAAAUACAUUGAGGAGGCUAUUGGAAUGUCAGCCGCUAACUCUACACCUGUUACGAAAUGGAACACGCCUUGGAGAGCCUUUUUCACUUCGAUGCCAGUCUACGCCAUCAUCGUGGCCAAUUUCUGUAGAAGCUGGACCUUCUACUUGCUCCUCAUCAGCCAACCUGCAUACUUUGAAGAAGUGUUUGGGUUUGAGAUCAGCAAGGUGGGCCUGGUGUCGGCUCUCCCCCAUCUGGUGAUGACCAUCAUCGUGCCGAUCGGUGGCCAGCUGGCUGACUACCUGCGCACAAACAAAAUCAUGAGCACCACCAACGUCCGGAAGAUGAUGAACUGCGGAGGUUUCGGAAUGGAAGCCACCCUGCUGCUAGUGGUCGGGUUUUCUCAUACGAAAGUUGUGGCUAUCACCUUUUUGGUUCUGGCUGUGGGCUUCAGUGGGUUCGCUAUUUCAGGCUUCAAUGUGAACCACCUGGACAUUGCUCCCCGCUAUGCCAGUAUCCUCAUGGGCAUCUCCAACGGGGUGGGCACUCUGUCUGGCAUGGUGUGCCCACUCAUUGUUGGUGCCAUGACCAAACAUAAGACGCGGGAAGAGUGGCAGUAUGUGUUUCUCAUUGCUUCACUCGUUCAUUAUGGGGGAGUUAUAUUCUACGGACUUUUUGCCUCCGGAGAAAAGCAGUGGUGGGCAGAGCCCGAGCAACUUAGCGAUGAGAAGUGUGGAAUUCUGGAUGAGGAUGAGCUGGCCAAUGAGACAGAGGAGUUGUACCGUACUAGCGGAGAAGGAGGCUACGGAGCAACGAUCCAAGCUCAGGAUCCCAACGGAGGAGGAGGAGGAGGCGCAGGAACCUGGGUCUCGGACUGGGAUAAGACUGAGGAGUUAGUACAACCACCAGGAACCAAUAGCUACCUAUACGGAGGAGAGGAAGACAGGGAGCUAACAUAGAGGGACUUACAGGUAGGAGUUACAGAGUGGGGUAGAAGACAGAACGAGUAGAUGGUUUCCUUUUGGCACAGGAACUUGGAAAGAGGUGGGGUGGAUGGUUGGGAUGAGGGUGAGGUUGAGGAGCGGAAGAAGGGGAGGACCAAAGUAUUAUUUACGGAGAACUGAAACAGGUUGUACAACAGAGGAAAGAGGAUGAGCCAUGUACUAAGUGUCUGUACAGUGCUUUCGGAAAGUAUUCAGACCCCGUGACUUUUUAACAUUUUGUUACGUUACAGCCUUAUUUUAAAAUGGAUGAAAUUGUUUUUUCCCCUCAUUAAUCUACACACAAUAACCCAUGAUGACAAAGCAAAAACAGGUUUUUGGAAAUUUUUGGAAAUGUAUUUCAAAUAAAAAAACGUAUAUAAGUAUUCAGACCCUUUACUCAGUACUUUGUUGAAGCACUAUUGGCAACGAUUACAGCCUUGAGUCAUCUUGGGUAUGACACUACAAGCUUGGCACACCUGUAUUUGGGGAGUUUAUCCCAUUCUUCUCUGCAGAUCCUCUCAAGCUCUGUCAGGUUAGAUGUCGCUACACAGCUAUUUUCAGGUCUCUCCAGAGAUGUUUGAAACGGGUUCAGGUCCAGGCUCUGGCUGGACCACUCAAGGACAUUCAGAGACUUGUCCCAAAGUCACUCCUGCAUUGUCUUGGCUCUGUGCUUAGGGUCUUUGUCCUGUUGGAAGGUUUGCCUUCGCCCCCCCCAGUCUGUGGUCCUGAGCGCUCCGGAGCAGGUUUUCAUCAAGGAUCUCUCUGUACUUUGCUCUGUUCAUCUUUCCCUCCCAGUCCCUGCCUCUGAAAAACAUCCCCACAGCAUGAUGCUGCCACCACCACCAUGCUUCACCGUAGGGAUGGUGCCAGGUUUCCUCCAGACGUGACGCUUGGCAUUCAGGCCAAAGAGUUCAAUCUUGGUCUCAUCAGACCAGAGAAUCUUGUUUCUCAUGGUCUGAAAGUCCUUUAGGUGCCCUUUGGCAAACUCCAAGAGGGCUGUCAUGUGCCUUUUACUGAGGAGAGGCUUCCAUCUGGCCUGAUUGGUGGAGUGCUGCAGAGAUGGUUGUUCUUCUGGAAGGUUCUCCCAUCUCCACAGAGGUACUCUGGAGCGCUGUCAGAGUGACCAUCAGGUUCUUGGUCACAUCCCUGACCAAGGCCCAUGUCCCCUGCUUGCUCAGUUUGGCCGGGCGGCCAGCUCUAGGAAGAGUCUUGGGGGUUCAAAUCUUAUUCCAUUUAAGAAUGAUGGAGGCCACUGUGUUCUUGGACACCUUCAAUGCUGAAGAAAUGUUUUGUUAAGGACACAAUCCUUUCUCGGAGCUCGACGGACAAUUCCUUCGGGCCUCAUGGUUUUUGCUCUGACAUGCUCUGUCAACUGUGGGACCUUAUAUAGACAGGUGUGUGCCUUUCCAAAUGAUUUCCAAUCUAUUUAAUUUAUCACAGGUGGACUCCAGUCAAGUUGUAGAAACAUCUCAAGGAUGAUCAAUGGAAACAGGAUGCACCUGAGCUCAAUUUAGAGUCUCAUAACAAAGGGUCUGAAUACUUCUGUAAAUAGUUUUAGUUUUUUUUAUAAACUUUCUAAAAUCUCUAAAAACCUGCUUCGUCAUUAUGGGGUAUUGUGCGUAGAUUGAUUAGGAUUUUGUUUAUUUAAUCAAUUUUAGAAUGAGGCUGCAACGUAGCAAAAUGUAUAAAAAGGGAAGGUGUCUGAAUACUUUCUGAAUGCACUCUAUGUGAGUGUGUUUUGUGUUUUGUGCACCGUGUGUCUGACAGGCUCUCUAAGAGUAUUUUAGGGCACCAAAGCUUCUAUGUCGAUAGUGGUAUUACACCUCUUAUUGAAGAGGUUUUUUUGGGGCCUAGUUUGGUUACUUUCAUCAACAGUGUGUUUAUUAUAACCCACCAUGUGGGUUGUCAGUCUGGUUUGAUUUCAUAAUGAGUAUGAGCCUGAUUUUUGUGACAGUUUUUGUUACACGACUAUCAGUAGAUGUAGCUACAACUGAUGGCCAUGUAUGUCGUCACUAUCUGGCGGCUAACGUCCUUGAAAGCUAAAUGAAUCAAUUCCUGAUAAUGUUCACACUUUUAAGAAAAAUAUAUUACUUGUGCCAAUAAAGCACAGUAUUCUGUGCUGUAACAUUGGUUUGCUUAAUCUGGUGAAAGGACGUUUUAAAAUUCAAAGUUAUUGACUUGCAUACUGGUCACAAUGAAGUCUCUUUAGUCCGUUCAGUGUUGCUUCCACAGUGUCACUUCGAUAAGCACACUUUUACAGUCUAUCAUGUCAACGAAUUGUGUAUAUAUAUAUUAGGCCUAACCUGUCUGCCUGGUUGAAAAUGAUUGUCAAUUGAGAUGGGAAGAGAAGGAUGAGAAGAAUAGUUGCUUCAAAGACCAACACAGCAUCUCCACCCAAUCCAAGCUCUACAAAAUACAGUGAAGAAGUACAGUAUAUGGUACAUAUUUCACAUAUAUUUGUUGGACUCUUCAGGACAUUUCGGAUCUGUUUUACGUCAUAUAUGGCUGUCUGAACGUGUUUUGGCAAAGGAACAUUCACAAUCGCGUAAAACGCUAAAAAAGUCUGCAUUCCAUAUAUACUGUAUUCUCCACCUCCAAUAGUCUGGAAGUUAUUGUAUUGUAGCAUUGUAUCGGUUUCCACUUUGUCUGGACGGUCACGCUUGAUAUAGUGCAGUGUCAGUGCGCUCUCACUGAAGAAGCUGUUUGCUUGCACCAAGGAGCCUAAAAGCCACGCACGCCAGCCUGUGCCCGCCAUCGCGAAGCAAUAGCACCCCGAAGGAGAGAGACCAUGGUGUCGUGAUCCCAACGAGCGCCCACCACGACCCUAUCGAUCACUCAUUCGAACCAAUCAAAUAGUGACUGCUUUGAAGGGCAAAAUGGUGCAUGAAGCUAUGUACCAGUCGAUUGCUGACAGUGCAUUACAACCAUGGGAUUGAUGGAGCCCCAGGCUCCCUCUCCUGCAGGGCCAUGUUCAUUAGGCACCAAACGGGAAAAAACAGAUUGAAACAGGGGGGGAACUACCUGGACUUAUCCUACAAGAAAUGCUCAUUCUUGUGCCCUAAUGGACACGACCCUGGUGUUCAUAGAGAGCAGAGAAGGGGAAGCGAGAUCUCUCUCCUAUGGAGGAAUAUCUCUCUCUCUUCAAUUCCUUCCUUUAUAUUGUAGCCUGCACUGGAUUUUUACUACUUAGAAACAUCUGUAGGCUAGUGAUUUUUACGAACUUAGUCGAAAAGCAAUAAAUAAUGAAUUAUGUAUGUCACUGUACAGAAAUAAUAAUUGGACUGGUAAGCGUUGUGAGUUGUUUAGUGAGCCUCGGAGCCCAAAUAUAAAACCCAUGUUUUCAUUGGUAGAGCAGAGAGGUGUGUCACUUGGAUCAAAUACAUACUGUAUUUCAAAACCUUGAAGGUAUUUGAGGUGCCCUUGAUUUAAACCAGCAAACUAACUCAAGAGCGGCUCAAGUAUUUAACCAUUUGUUAUUUGUAUUUGACCCAGGUCCGAUGCUUUGACUGGAGAAUUUGCUUCAGUCCAUAUGGAGAUUCUGUAAAGAAUAAAAUAUAAAAAUCACAUUCCAGGAAAAUAUGAAUAAUAACCGUUAGGGAUUUUCCUGUUGUCUUUUUGAAUGUUUGUUUAUUUUCUUUUUGUUUGGUUCUUUCCAGUAAAAUGUACAAUUGUAUAUGUUCAAAAACAUAUUAAUGUAAAAAAAUAUGGUGAAAAAAAAGCUAGAGUACAAUGUUAUUAUUACUAUAUUAUUCAUAUUAUCGUUACUACUCCUAUCAACAUUAUUUACAAAUGAUUAUUUUUUAACAUUACAUUAUAUUUUCUCUGUGAGCCUGUUCAGGUUUGUAUGUGAAUGUGAAUCGUGAAAUGACCUUUAAACAAAUGCUUAAUGAACAAACUGUAUAUUACACAAAGCCUCUGCUUCGCACUCUGUCAGCCCACAACUUUCCCUUCUUCACCCCCUGCUUUCCUCUCCCUCUGGUUUGGCUGCUAACGGGCAAAGAACCCUUCUCUCCAGAUGCGAGGUGUCGUAUUACUAAUAUGCUCCACCUAUUUAUUCUCUAUUGAUCGCUGGGCUAGAGAUAAUGUCAGAGAGAAAUAAAGAUUUUGAUGGGAUCUGAAAGAGGCCGUUGCCAUUGUCCAGGGAGCGCGUGUACACUUUUAGAGAAAAAAAAGGUGUUAUCUAGAACCUAAAAGGUUUAUUCGCCUGUCCCUAUAGGAUAACCCUUUAAAGAACUCUUAUUGGUUCCAUGUAGAACCCUUUUGGUUCCAGGUAGAACCCUUUUGAGUUCCAUGUAGAACCCUUUCCAAAAAAGGUUUACGUGGAACCAGAAAGGAUUCUACCUGGAAUCAAAAAGGGUUCUCCUAUGGGGACAACCGAAGAACCCUUUUGGAUACCUUUUUUCCAAGAUUGUUGGGUCUAUGUCGUCAUGUCAGAAAAUAGUUUUCGACACUGGUCAUAUGGGACAGGACUCUCUCUCUCUCCCUGUUUGUUUCUCUCUCUUUCUCCCUUCCUCUCUUGUCGUUGUCUAACAUCAGGGAGAGAUAAUCUCUUUGCCCGACAGAGAGAGAAAAGGAGGGGGGAAGGGAGAGCCAUUGGUAAGUGAUAUCAGACAACGGUACUUUAAUAUGACACCUGAAUUCUAACUGCACUCUGUAUUCUCUUGGCAUUUCUCUGUUAGGGGUUGAGGGGAGAGAGACUGGGAGUGAGGCAGGAGGGAGGAAAGAGAAGCUGUCAGGUUAGCUGAGGUCUCUCUCUGACACGCAGCGCCGGGCUGAGGAGCUUCCUGGAGGGAACAGUGGGUUCGGCAAAUUAAAGUCAAGAUGGAUGAGUGUGGUGCAGGAGGAUUCCUCCUCUGCCCGCCCAGCACUGCUCACUCAGCUUCCCUCUCAGUGGUUUUUCUUGGGUCAAAGCUACUGGCUUCAAGGUUGUUAAGAGCAAGGUCCGUUUUUACAAAGCAUGAUGCUGAUUAGGAUCAGUUUUGCCUUCAAUCAUAAUGAAUAAGAUUACGUGGACAGGGGGGAGCUGAUCUUAGAUAAACACAUCCACUCUUAGAUGCUUUGUGAAUACAGGCCCAAAACAGUAACCAGUUGUAGACCGUGUUAAUUACCCAUCCAUCUUGUCUAGUGCUAUUAAACUCUGCUUCUCAUUCCAUUGUUCUCAAACCUUAUUUUAAUAUGAUAAAAUAUUAACCCGUAGCACGUGCUCCAGCAGGUAUAUUUCACUGGUCAGCACCAAAGCAAAUUCCUCCUUUGGGCGCCUUUCCUAACUUUAAGCACCAGCUGUCAGAGCAGCUCACAGAUCACUGCACCUGUACAUAGCCCAUCUGUAAAUAGCCCAUCCAACUACCUCAUCCCCAUACUGUUAUUUAUUUAUUUUGCACCUCAGUAUCUCUACUUGCACAUCUAUCACUCUAGUGUUUAAUUGCUAUAUUGUCAUUAUUUCGCCACUAUGGCCUAGUGCACACACUGUAUAUAGACUUUUAAAAAUUGUAUUAUUGACUGUAUGCUUGUUUAUCCCAUGUGUAACUCUGUGUUGUUGUUUGUGUCGCACUGCUUUGCUUUAUCUUGGCCAGGUCGCAGUUGUAAAUGAGAACUUGUUCUCAACUGGCCUACCUGGUUAAAUAAAGGUGAAAUAAAAUAAAACAUUAUUAUUCCAGCACAGGUGAUCCUGCACCAACGUACACCAAAGUACCAUGGUAAAAUGAUACCGAUUCAAUCUUGA